CCUCCUCCUCUUCAUCCUCCGUCUGUGUUUGGUCUCCUUCUACCUUCCGCCGUGCCUUUUUGGCUGGAGUAAAGUGGAUGAUAUCAACAGAGCUUCAUACUAGAAGUGGCUUCUGAGGAUCACGAGCAUCACGACGGAGAGGCAGCGCGAGGGAGUUGCUUUAUUUCCAUCUUUUGUUUUGGUUUCUCGGAGAGCCUGUGGCGGUUUAACACCACACAUGAGCAGAAUAAAUGUGUCCGCGAUGACAGCAGCAGCAGCGCUGUGACUCCCGCCGAGUUUGGACGGAUUUGAACGGAACAGGUGCGUUCAGGGAACAAGGACGGUGCAGUUGGUUGGAUGGUUGUCGGCUUCCAGGAGAGGAGUCAGUGCCUCUGCGCAAAGUCUCAGAUGAAGAUGAAGUCUUCGGGCGUUGUGGACGGAGGCUUGUUCACAGAGAGUUAUUGUAACAUCUGCAAUGCCCAGCUCAUCUCUGAGUCCCAGCGCACCGCUCACUACGAGAGUAAGAAACAUGCCAAUAAGGUACGUCUGUUCUACAUGCUUCACCCUGAAGAUGGAGGACCACCGUCCAAAAGACUCAGACCAGAUAAUCCAGACUGCGCAGAGACAGAAGUUGACAAGAACAAGUGCUGCACCUUGUGUAACAUGUUCUUCACCUCUGCCAUUGUGGCCCAGUCCCACUACAAGGGCAAAACCCACGCCAAGAGAGUCCGCCUGGUGCUAGGGGAGCCACCCAACCAACCAACAGACAUAACCAGCCCUGAAAAUACAGAUUCCUCACCUUCCACCCCGCUGACCUCAGACCCCUCGGCAUGCCCACCUCCUCCCCCUGCCUUAUCCUGGCCCUCAUCAGAGAUCAGUGGGAAUGGUGGCAGAGAGGCUGGGAAGUAUUGCUGUCUGUGUGGAGCCUGGUUCAACAACCCACUUAUGGCCCAGCAGCACUACGACGGGAAGAAACACAGCAGGAACGCAGCCAGGGCACGCCUCCUGGAGCAGCUAGCAGACAGUCUGGAUGCCACAGAGAGCACAGCUUUGCGCAGAAGUUUCUCAUGCAGUGUCUGCAGUAUGGUCCUCAACUCCAUCGAACAGUACCAUGCACACCUACAGGGCUCGAAACACCAGAACAACCUAAAGCAACACCAGCAGUAAGCCACCCCUCACGAAAGA